AUGUUCACAGCGCCAGUUCUCGAACAGAUGCUUCAAUGUCAAUCCGGACAACCAUUGAUCAUGAAUUCCCAAAAGCCUUCGUGGAAGCCUCACGUCGAGAUCGCUCCAAACUGCCCCCGGUGCGCGUCUUCCAACACCAAGUUCUGCUACUACAACAACUACAGCCUCUCACAGCCUCGCUACUUCUGCAAAGGCUGCCGGAGAUACUGGACCAAAGGCGGGUCCUUGAGGAACGUCCCCGUCGGCGGCGGUUGUAGAAAGAACCGCCGCAGCAGGUCUGCCAGGCUCUCGCAGGCUGACCGGAUUUCGAUGAGUUACUAUCGUCGCAACAGCUCGAGUAGUAGCGGUGAUGAUCUGUCCGAGCAGCACUCCAAGGAAGGAGCCAACGGGUCGGAUAUCGACAUGGCUGCUGUAUUUGCUAAUUUCUUGAACCAAAACUCUUGCAACGGACAUGAUCCCAAUUUGGUUGGAUCAGAAUCGAUCCCUGAUGAUGUUCAUGAGGCAAAUGCAUUAUCCGAUCACUCCCAAAAUUCUUUGAACCCCGCGGAAGAUCUUCUUGAAUCAGUGGAGCUACUUCAAGGACUCGUACUUCCUGAUCAUGAUCAUCAACAAUCACACGAAGAGGAUAAUAUUCACAAUGUUAUGGGAAAUCAUCAAUACCAUCAGGAUUUGAGUAUUCAUGAAUUUGGUUUGCAGGGUCUGUUAGACGAUGAGGAUGUGUUUUGGUCUGAUACAACAGCAAGUUUGACCAGUAGUACUACUAGUUUCAAUUGGCAAGAGUUGGAUAAUUCAUUCCCAUCUGAUGAUGAUGAUCAUAUGAAGAUACCGACCACCACAACGAAUCUAUGUAGCGAUAACUGGAGCUCCUUUGAUUUUUCAGGCUUGGGAGUUUUCUCAGGAUCUUAA